AUGGACAGCAGCAUAAUAGAUAAAUGGUUUUUAUCGAUCGACGCAAACCGUGAUGGUUUAAUUUCGCAGAGAGAAUUCAGAACUUGGUACUUCUUGCAUUUUAUACAAACACAGCAGCAGCAGCAGCAGCAGCAGCAGCAGCAGCAGCAGCAGCAGGAGCUGGAGCAGGGGAUGCAGCAGCAGCAGCAGGAGCUGCAGCAGGAGCUGCAGCAGCAGGAAGGGGAGGAGAAAGAAAAGGGGGAGAAAAAUGAAGGGGUUAAGAGCUGUGGUGGUGAUGCUGCUGCUGCUGCUGCUGCUGCUGCGGAUACAAGCAGCAGCAGCAGCAGCAGCAACAGCAGCAGCAGCAGCAGCAGCAGCAGGAAAGAUAUGGGUUCUGGUGUUUGUUCUAAUAGUAGCUGCAGCAGCAACCAGAUAACGCAGCAGCAGAUGCAGCAGCAAAUGCAGCAGCGGCUGCUGCUGCUGGAAGCAGAAGCAGCAGCACUAAGAGCUGCAGGCUCAAACCAGAUAACGCAGCAGCAGAUGCAGCAGCAAAUGCAGCAGCGGCUGCUGCUGCUGGAAGCAGAAGCUGCAGCACUAAGAGCUGCAGGCUCACAGCAGCAGCAGCAGCAGCAGCAGCAGCAGCAGCAGCAGCAGCAGCAGCAGCAACCGAUCAGCAGCAAACAAAUAAUGUUAAUUGUUCUUCGUAGUUCUGUUCCUUAUAUUGGAUUUGGAUUCAUGGAUAACUGCAGCAGCAGCAGCAACAGCAGCAGCAGCAACAGCAGCAGCAGCAACAGCAGCAGCAGCAGCAACAGCAGCAGCACUACCAACAGCAGCAUAGCAUGA